AUGUCCAGUGCCAUAACAUUUAUUCCAUCCGCCUGCUUCACUUCUACUACCAUUCAACCACAGCCAAACACGCAUGGAAAGAUAGUCAAACUGUCAGCAAUCGACCAGAUCGCUCCAAGAGACUACAUUUCAUCAUGCCUGUUUUUUCCUUUGUCACAGAAUUCGGAUAAGAGACAUAUCUUUCAUCUAUUCGAGCGGGCUCUAGUCAACACGAUCAGUGACAUCCCGGAACUUGCAUGUUCUGUGCGACGGCCCAUCGGAAACGACCGGGAAGAGGUUGAGCUUUUAUUCGAUAGCAAGCAGGGUGCCAGACUCAACUACAGGGAUUACACAGCGCCGGAACUUCGGACUCUAUGGAAGUUCGUUCCGGGUGCAAGUAUUCCGGCGUUGGUACUUCAGUGUAACAUCAUACCUGGGGGCCUUAUACUCGGAACCUGUCUCCAUUUACACGACCGCCAGAGAUGCCACAUGUACAACAGAAGCAUUGGGCAUGUGGCGGGUGAUGGCGUCUGCAACUUUAUCUUGCACAAGACAAUAGGCAUGCACUUGGCUGCCAUUACCAAAGGGCUCGGCCUCCGAACUUUUCCAAUCACGCCUCUUGAUCGAAGCUCAGUUGUUGAGGGUGAACAAGGCGUAGAUCUGGAGAACUUUCCCGACUGGAAGCUCACAGAGACCUCUUCUACUUUCUUGAACCCGACAGAUUACAAAGCUACUGAGGUUCAGUCUGUGGAGCAUGGGAUAUUCUCCAUCUCUGCCGCGAAGCUCUCCCUACUCAAGGAUCAUGUCCUGAAAGGCGCCACAAAUGCGAAGUUGAGCACGACUGAGGCGGUGUGCGCCUUUCUCUGGCGCCAUGUUGUCCUGGCCAGGCAGAUAGACCAUCAUAAAUACCCCGAGGCUAAGCUAUCGAUCACCGUUGACGCGAGAGAGCGAAUGGAAAACCCGCCACUUCCGUCCAAUUAUUGGGGAAACUUUGCAGAGCCGAAUGCGGUCGCCAGAGCAUCUGUUGCUCGCCUACAGAAUGAAGAAGAUGGAGGCAAGGUCUAUGUGGAGUUGGCGACUAGUGUCAAACGAGCCAUUGCUGCUGUCAACAACAAAGCAGUAAGGCGUCUCGUUGGAAUUCUCAAUCAGAUGCCAAAGAGUACCUCCUUGACUUGGAAUGUUGACCGAUACCCUGGUCCAGACAUGCUCAUAGUCUGUCUUCAAGCGCAUAGAUAUAACGACAUUUAUUUCGGGCGUGAUCUUGGAUACCCAUCUGCAUUUCGGGUCACUGUUGGAGACACUGAGGGGAAACCUGACGGCCGUUGCAUUAUCCUACCACCACGUCAUGCUGAAAGCCAUGGUCUGGAGCUGAUUUUGCAAUAUGAUAGUUGCACUUUGGAGAGGCUUGAGAGUAAUCCAGAGUUCAGCAAGUUCUUUGUACGUCGUAACUAG